UUACGCCACAUUUGUCGCUUUCCCCGCCCCCAACUGGACCCCAACCAGCGGACUAGCCGAUUCGAUAACAAAUCGUGGCGUCAGAUAGGAAUAAUGCUGCGAAUGCAACCCCAUGAUUCUGAAGCCCGAACAAACGGUGGCGCUUGGAGACGCUGAAUAGACCUACGAUAUCUUUUUCAGAAAUCAUCUUUCUUGAACGCGCGGUUGAUAGUCGAUACGCCCUAGAUUGCGCUACAACAUGCCAAUAUCGGUAGGGCUGCAUUUCACCCUCUCGCCCGCCUUCGUGCUGUUGCAAGUUUGCGAUACGACGUAGCGCCACCCUAGUCCUCUCGAACGACCGAAAUCGCUGUCGUUCAGACUGUCACUCUUCGCUGCAACGUUGAGCUCGCACUCCCCCUAUGCAAGCCUACCGUAUUGAUCUGGCGCCAUGGUGGGGAAAGAAGAGCGGAUGGAUCCCGUGUGGGACGAUUUGGAUCGGACUUUGGGCCAAUUGUUUAUGAUGGGAUUUGAUGGAACCUCUGUCACGCCCCAGAUCCGUACUCUUAUUCAGCAACAUCAUUUAGGUUCCAUUUUAUUGACGGCAAAGAAUCUGAAGUCUGCCGAGGACACGACGAAGCUAGUGUAUGAGCUCCAGAAGUGCGCCUAUGAUGCAGGCCAUCCGGUUCCGCUUGCUAUCGGGGUCGAUCAAGAGAAUGGAGGCGUCAACAGCCUUUUCGACGAGAUUUAUAUCCGCCAGUACCCCAGCGCGAUGGGCGUUGCGGCCACCGGGUCUAGCGAGUUGGCGUAUGAAGUUGCGAAAGCAACCGCCCAAGAGAUUUCGUCAUGUGGCAUCAACUGGAUCUUCGGACCGUGCCUAGAUGUCCUUACCAAUUCCCGCAACCAGCUAAUGGGGGUUAGGAGCGCAGGGGAUGACCCUCAAGAGGUUUCAUCCUAUGGAGUUGCCUCAAUGAAGGGAUAUAAGGAUGUCGGCCUGGCCACCUUAGGCAAACACUUCCCUUCAUAUGGCAACCUUGAGUUCCUUGGAUCUUCCCUCGAUGUCCCCUUGAUCACAGAGUCGCUGGAGCAACUCAGCUUGAGUGCUUUGAUACCCUUCCGCAAUGCCAUCGCUCAAGGUCUAGAUUCCAUGAUGGUUGGUGGAUGUGCCAUGUCUUCAGCCGGCUUGAACGUCAUGCAUGCUUGUUUGUCCGAUCAGGUCGUUGACGGACUUCUACGGACGGACCUAAAGUUCAAUGGCGUCGUGGUCUCCGAGUGCUUGGAGAUGGAAGCACUCAGCCAUAAUAUCGGCGUCGAGGGCGGCACGGUCAUGGCGGUUAAUGCGGGAUGUGAUAUGGUCUUGCUAUGCCGAUCGUUUUCCGUUCAGCAGGAGGCCAUCGCUGGCUUGAAGCUUGGGAUUGAAAAUUCCAUGAUCUCCAAGGCACGGAUCAAGCAAUCGUUGCGUCGUGUUCUUAACAUGAAGGCUAAAUGCACGUCGUGGGAAAAGGCGUUGAACCCACCGGGCAUCGGCUAUCUGUCGACUCUUCAGCCAUCUCACACAGCGUUAUCGACGAGGGCUUACAACUCUAGCAUCACAGUCGUCCGAGACAAGAAUCGGCUACUGCCCCUCUCUAAUGUUGUCGAGGCCGAAGAAGAGCUGUUGCUACUAACGCCGCUUGUCAAGCCUCUCGCUGCUUCAGCAGCAUCUCGAGCUCUAUCAGAAACGCUCGUGGCUGGUUCGCCAGAGCCAGCGUCCUGGGAGAGGAGUAGCUCUGUCAUGAGCGGCGAGCGAGUGUUUCGAGAGCUUGGCCGCUCACUAGCUCGGCAGCGGAGUGGUCGGAUAUUACACACUUCUUAUACCGCGAAUGGUGUACGGCCGAUCCAUGAGAACUUGAUCAAUCGAGCGAGUGCAAUAAUUAUCCUGACAGCUGAUGCGAAUCGCAACCUCUAUCAGCAUGGCUUUACGAAGCAUGUUGCGAUGAUUUGCAACAUGCAAUACUCCACGGGCGGCGAGAAGCGCGAGAAGCCGCUUGUUGUCGUCGCCGUCAGCUCUCCGUAUGACUUCGCUAUGGAUCCAACGAUCGGAACAUACAUCUGUACCUAUGAUUUUACGGAAACGGCGUUGAACUCACUGGUCAAAGUGCUGUAUGGCGAACUGAAUCCAACUGGCGCACUACCAGGAACGAUCUCCAAGAGUCAGAAACUGAACCAGAGCAAGCAUCAUUGGCUCGUAGAAGCAUUCAACGAAGAGCGGGACUCUCACGCGUUAGACAACCUUAUAAAAACCGUGGUGGAAGGCCAUGGAGGCCCACCGAAUCAGAGAUCCGAACUCUCAUCAGCGACGUCGAAUUCUUUCCUCUUACAAAACCCCGAUGUCAUCGAAGCCCACUUCGUCGUCCGGAACAGCAGUACCCAAGCACUCUACGGCUUCUGCUCCACCUACUUCUUCACUAGCACCGGCACCGGCGCCAUCGGCUCCCUCUUCGUCGACCCCGGACGCCGAAAGCUGUCCAUCGGCCACAGCCUGCACAACCGUGCCAUCCGCACCCUCCUCCAGCGCGACGGUAUCAAGCGCUUCCAACUCGGCACCCGCAUCCCCAACAUCUUCCUCGGCAUUCCCAGCGGCCACUCCGCCGAGCGCAAGCGCCUCCGCACCUGGUUCGCCAACCUCGGCUGGAACACCGCGCUGUCCCGCCCAGUGUGCAGCAUGGUGGCGCGCAAUCUCCGCGAAUGGGCUGCCCCUGAUUCCGUCGCCAAAAGCCUCAAGUCCGCGCCGGCAGACUUCGACCUCGUCUACGGCUGGGAGUACUCCGGGCCGAUCCUCGACCAUAUCAAGACGAACAACCGCCAAGGGCUGGCAGAGGUGUAUAAGUUGGCGCUAACGGAUCCGACGGCGUGUAGCAUCAUCCGCGCGAAGAGGCCGGAGGAUGACGCAAUCGUGGGGACGGUGGUGCUGUAUUAUGCGCAUUCGCGACUAGCAGAGUACGUGCCAGCGUUGCGAGACUUUGGCGACUCUGCGGGCGGCAUUUCGAGUCCGGUGAUAUUUCCUGGCGCAGCGGAGUAUUCGACAUUGAUGCAGGGGUUGAUUAUGCUGGGCAUCAAGCAGCUUAGGAGCCAAGGGUGUAAUGCGUGUUUGCUUGAUAUUGUCGAUAGCGAUGGCAACGAUGACGGCUUGUCGGCUAUGGGCUUUGAACCGAUGCAUACUUUCGAGGAAGUAUCCUGCGAUGCGGCGACUUGGACGAUGGUCCCACCUCUAUGAUGGCUGUGCCAUACUCCUUCAUUUACAAGCCUUAACGAGCCAUUCCGGGUGAGCGAUUCUUCGGUUGGGCGUCGAACUAUGGAGCAUCUCUUCUGCUU